AUGGGACGGAAAAGACAUGAUAUGGACGAGACGGUGGCGCUCAGGGAGACGGCCGUCCGUAUUGACAGUCAGUACAAGGAGUUGAGGCGCGAGUUCAAUGAAUUGAAGGCGAGACUUUCAAAGACUAAUACAACAUCUGAGGGAAAGGCAUCACAAAACCCAUUGAAUGUCACUUCAAGCGAGGCAUUGACGCCGAGGACUGUCAUCGAUAUGUUUAAUGAAAUCCGUAAUCAAUUGAAAGUAACGAACAGUUUGUUGAAUGAUAUGAAUGAAGACAAUGACGUGAAGGCGCUGAUAGCGCCGGAAGUAACGAACAGUUUGUUGAAUGAUAUGAAUGAAGACAAUGACGUGAAGGCGCUGAUAGCGCCGGAAGGUAUGGCUGAUGGCAACGAUAGCAAAGAGAGCAGAUCCAGAGUGACCACAAAA